AUGUAUGAGACUGGUUGCUUUGAUGCCAUGACAGAAGGUACAGUUGUUGCUGCAGCAGACGCAGCAAUUUCAGAGGACGGAUUUUCCCAGACACUCCCAACCUGCAGCCACAACACCCACAACAGCUUUGAAGAGAAUCUCAGGCUCUCCAUGGAAGAAUUCUCCUACAACCACAACCAUGCCAACGCUCCUACCCAUGAAGACGCUGCAGCUGCAGCCACUGCCAUGGGAAUUGAAUUCCAACAGCAGCUGGCAUUCAACAUGGACGACUCCUACAACGCCAACAACCAUAACAUUACUCAUCUCGUAGACAACUCUUACAGCGUCCACGAGAUGCGGGAUAUGGAUCAACAACAACAGUUGCAUCAAAUGGACAUUCAAAACGGCCAGCAAUGCUUCGAUUAUUCUUCGCUACCAAACAGUCCGUACCCCCCAGCUCCAGACCUUCUCAAUCUCUUCCACUUGCCCAGAUCCAUCCCCUUCUCAAACCCGACCCAGAAGACCGCAAAUUAUCAGAACCCCAUGGUCUUUACGGGAGACGUUAAUCCAACCGGGCCGGACCAUUCCACGGGCGCAUCCGUUUUGUACGACCCACUAUUCCAUUUAAACCUGCCUCCACAGCCUACUUUGUUCAGGGAUUUGUACCAGUCUCUACCCAAUGGCUACGGCUUGCCAGGCUCAAGGAAUAAUGCUUCUCUGUUUUGCGCAGGAGGGGAUGAGAGAGAGGGAAGUGGGGAUGGGAGACAGUUUGAAAAUGGCGUACUGGAAUUCACUAGAGACAAGGCUUGUAUUGGAAAAGGCAAGAAUGGGAAAACCAAACACAUUGUCACAGAGCGCCAGAGGAGACAGCACUUGAACGACAGGUUCGAGGCCUUGAGGAGCCUCGUCCCUAACCCUACCAAGAUUGAUAGGGCAUCUGUGGUGGGUGAUGCCAUAGAAUAUAUCAAAGAGCUUCUGAGGACGGUAAAUGAGCUGAAGUUGCUGGUGGAGAAAAAGAGAUGCGGGCGAGAGAGGAGCAAGAGGCAGAAGACGGAAGCUGACGAUGCGGCCGGGGAUGUGGAGAGCUGCUACAUGAAGCCUCUGGGUGACCCUGACCAGUCCUACAAGGGAUCUUUGAGGAGCUCAUGGCUUCAGAGGAAAUCCAAAGAGACGGAGGUCGAUGUUCGUAUCAUCGACGACGAGGUCACCAUCAAACUCGUUCAGCGAAAGAAUAAUUGCUUGCUGUUUGUGUCUAAAGUGCUCGACGAGCUUCAGCUGGAUCUCCACCAUAUUGCUGGUGGCCACAUUGGCGAUUUCUACAGCUUCUUGUUCAACACCAAGAUAUAUGAAGGCUCUUCUGUGUAUGCGAGUUCUGUAGCCAACAAGCUCAUUGAGGUUUUGGACAGACAGUGUGCAGCCAAUAUUCCACCUGCCAGUAGAUAUUAGAGUUGGAGAAGAUGUGUCAGAGGCAAUCAUGGAAUUAAUUGUGAUCUUUUUGAGUACUUUUAAUGU